GAAGCCUUCUCCUCAAGCAAUAUUUCACCCUCCUCCACUAGACACCUCCACGGAGCGGGAGGGAGGCUCUGUGGGCCAGUUCUUAGGAACCCAGGACUAAGACGGGGCGUGGAGAGGAGCUACCAGAGACGCGGCCGCGGCGCCAGGCGUGCUGAAGUGCAGGGACGCGCUCGGCUGCUUUGGCUGCCGCACCCUUGACCUCUAGUUUCAGCUGGGAACUUAGGCGGAGGAGUAAUUGUGGAACCAAAAGAACUGACUAGCAACGGGGGACAAACCUGUGAUCUCCAGGGUCCUUCCGCCCUCUCCCUCGUCCGCUCCAUGCCUAAGAGCUGCGCUCCGAAGCCGGGGCGAGGAAAGCCAUGGAGGAACCGGGUGUUCAGUGCGCCCCGCCGCCGCCCGCGGGCUCCCUGACCGGGGUUCUUCAAGCCAACUUCUCCUCUGCUCCCUCCCACAACUGCAGCGCCGAGGGCUACAUUUACCAGGACUCCAUCGCCCUGCCCUGGAAAGUACUGCUGGUUAUACUGCUGGCGCUCAUCACCUUGGCCACCACGCUCUCCAAUGCCUUUGUGAUCGCCACAGUGUACCGGACCCGGAAACUGCACACACCGGCUAACUACCUGAUCGCCUCCCUGGCGGUCACCGACCUGCUCGUGUCUAUACUGGUGAUGCCCAUCAGCACCAUGUACACAGUCACCGGCCGCUGGACGCUGGGCCAGGUGGUCUGUGAUUUCUGGCUGUCGUCGGACAUCACUUGUUGCACUGCUUCCAUUCUGCACCUCUGCGUAAUCGCCCUGGACCGCUACUGGGCCAUCACGGACGCGGUGGAAUACUCCGCUAAAAGGACUCCCAAGAGGGCGGCGGUCAUGAUCGCGCUGGUGUGGGUCUUCUCCAUCUCUAUCUCGCUGCCGCCCUUCUUCUGGCGUCAGGCCAAAGCCGAGGAGGAAGUGUCGGACUGCGUGGUGAAUACCGACCACAUCCUCUACACCGUCUACUCCACGGUGGGCGCUUUCUACUUCCCCACCCUGCUCCUCAUCGCCCUCUACGGCCGCAUCUAUGUGGAAGCCCGCUCCCGGAUUUUGAAACAGACGCCCAACAGAACAGGCAAGCGCCUGACCCGAGCCCAGCUGAUAACCGACUCCCCCGGGUCCACGUCCUCAGUCGCCUCUGUUAACUCGCGGGCCCCCGACGUGCCCAGCGAAUCUGGGUCUCCUGUGUACGUGAACCAAGUCAAGGUGCGAGUCUCCGACGCCCUGCUGGAAAAGAAGAAACUCAUGGCCGCUAGGGAGCGCAAAGCCACCAAGACCCUGGGGAUCAUUUUGGGAGCGUUUAUUGUGUGUUGGCUGCCCUUCUUCAUUAUCUCUCUGGCGAUGCCAAUCUGCAAGGAUGCCUGCUGGUUCCACCUGGCCAUUUUUGAUUUCUUUACGUGGCUGGGCUAUCUCAACUCCCUCAUCAACCCCAUCAUCUAUACCAUGUCCAAUGAGGACUUUAAACAAGCGUUCCAUAAACUGAUACGCUUUAAGUGCACAAGUUGACUUGCCAAUUGCAGUGGGGUUGCCUAAGUGACCUUUGGGGACCAAGUUGGGUCUGGUUCCGCAGGUAGGUCAAAUCUUCUUUAGUGAUUACUGGGUCAGAGCUAGGCUCUCUCUCCUGGGCAAGGGCAAUGCAUCCCGAGAAGCCAGGAUAGUUUUGAGAGAGCGCUCUGAAAAGGAGAACUGUUCAAACUAAAUGUAGAGCUUCCCUGCUGAGGAGGAGGCUCACUUCCUCCCCUCAAACCUUGGGCUCCGCACUGACCCUGCAGCAGCCAAUCACAAAGAGGGCUGCAACUUUUUAAAAUUGAUGCUGGAAAGGGGAUUCCUGCCCUGCUUUGGUAUCAUGGAUGAUGCCCUCUAGAACCAGUGUACUUGUAGUUGUUGUCUGAAGCCUGUUUGAGACAGAUCUACAUACAGCCUGGCAGUACUUGAACUAGAUGCUUAAUAUCCUGUGUUUGGGGGAGAACUUUGUGU